AUGCCGCCCAUCCUCUCCUUCAAAAUCAUCUCGAAAUCCGUCCCGCACUCCCUCCGCGCAUUAUCAGUCAUAACCUUCCCCCCCGCCUUCCUCUUCCUCCUAAUAACCGGCAUCGCCUCCUCGCGCGUAAACCCCGCCAUCUGCAUCCUGCCGCUCUUCUUCUCGUCGCUCUGGUCGCUCUUCCUGCUCGCCAACGAGCGCACCUGCGGCUGCGCGGCCAGCGGGCUGACGGGGACGCCGAUGCACCUGCUGGUCGACCUGGCGCUCGGCAUCUGGCUGCUGGUGUGCUUGAUCGUCACGUGGGUGGUUUUCCCGCAGCGCUGGUGGCAUGACUAUGUCGGGCUGGUUAUGCUGGGGUCGUAUGGGACGGUGUUUGUUAUGUGGAAUUUUGCGGUGCAUUUAUAUUUCGUCGCUGGCCAGGUUUACGAGGCGCUUGCGCCUGGGGCUGGAGCGCAGUAUCCGAGUGCGUGUGCGCAGUGCCGGUAUGGGCCAUUCCCGCUGCGGAUACGGAUUGAGACGAGGAGUCCGGUGGUGGCGGAGGGCGGGUAUGCGCCGUUGUUGGAUGGUAGGAAGGGGAGUGUGGAGCAGGAGAGGAGGGAUGUGGGGGAUGAAGUUGUGUGA